UAACAACAGUAAGCGUCACCAACCGUGCGGCGGAAAACAUCGAAAGCAACUACUGUACAUGUCGGCUACGUUGUGUGCUUGGCUAGCGCCCGAAAACUCGGCUAGGCUGCAUGCACACAAACUAUCGCAUGGCAGCCUUCUUCUGACGCCGCUGUUCAAAGUGUGCAGCCUCGGUCCCUCCGACUCCCCGAUGACAUGCAUAUAGCGUAUGAUGUCGGUGUAAUCAGCGCCCCGGGCUCCCCCGCGCCGAGGCCUGCGGUCAACCGUUCCCAUGUCUGUGUCUUUGUUGAGAUUGAGACAAGGGGACACAGACAAAGGGAACGGUAUGCCCUGGCCACGCGUGCAAGCCUCAUGCGUCCUUGCCAAGGGGGUGUGCCUCUAAGGUGCUCGAAAAGCUUCGCUCUCAAACUCCUUCCUCCUCCUCGACUCAGUAUGGCUAUGCGCAGCGGCUUGCCCAUCCUCUCAGCAGACUACCUCGCACGCAUCGAGAAACCAGGCCGCGCCCCACGCAACGCAAGAGCUGCGGGUUCGAAAGGCACGUUAAUGAUGCUCCAGGUCGAUCGGAACAGGUGCGAAGCACCGAAUCCAAGUCCGAGUCCGCGCGCAUUCGGAAGCAAGAAGGUGCGACGUUCGAAGUCGACGGACGCGAGUCGCGUCGGUGGAAGAUGCGUUGGCAGCGGGUGACUUGCCAGUGAUCGGACCUCCAUCACAUCAUCAUCAUCCUUCUCGCAACAGGCGUCUCCACAUGACAUCCGUAACGAAAGGGUCGACCCCCUUCCCUCCGCACUCCCAUGGCAGUCAAGACCCACAGCUGGGUGUCCCUCUGGUUUCUCGUCACCGCUCCUGUUGUCGCGUGGGACAUAGGUUACUGUUUCAUGAGGCACGCGCCCCGGUCGAUGAUCGGAGGUGAUUUUGCACUGGAUUUGGAAGCCUUAUGCGCGUAUCAAAACGUCGACCUAGUCUACGCGUCGUGGGCUGCCCUGGAACGCGGGGGAUGGGUUCACCAAUGCCAAACCCCCAUGAUCGGCUUCGCUGCCGCGACCAUGACGCUCUCGAAGACCGUGCUCUACUGGGCCCAGGAGUACUAUUGCAACUACUGCGCCGUUGGGCACAAACUCCAUCAACGACCUGAUCCUGCUCUGGAUCAUCCCCAACGGGUGAGUCUUCUCGGCCCCAUUCGCAGCGCGCCCCGGUGCCCGAGCUUUGCGUCAGGUUGUGGAUCGUCGUCCCCUCGCGUUAUCGUGUGGCGCCUGGGCAAGGACAUCGCCGGGCAGCUCACCCUAGCGCACAACGUCGCUGUCAAAUCAGCUUCGGGAAAGAAACAAGUGAACUAA